GCACCAAUGGAGCCGCAUGGACGUGACACAUGGGAAUUUCUGACAUAGCUCUUCCCACUCUGACCUUGACGGACACAAUAAAAAGGGGCUUUGCCGCAGGCCUGCAGCCAUUCAGUCCGAUAGCCAAGUGCUCCCAAGUCUUUGGCGUCUUUCUUUGCUGCUGCCCAGCCAGCACCAUGUCAAUGCGGGACAUGACCGAGUUCGGGGAGGCUGCCGACUACCUCCGCAAGAGCUACACGGAGCAGCUCAAGCUUCAGACCAUCCCGUUCGAUGGGAAGAAGCGAGCGUGGAUCCCAGAUGACAAGGAAGCCUACAUUGAGGUUGAAAUCAAAGAAUCCUCUGGUGGCAAAGUCACCGUGGAAACCAAAAAUAAAGACAUUCGGGUGGUCAAGGAAGACGACAUCCAGCAGGUGAACCCCCCCAAGUUUGAUAUGAUUGAGGACAUGGCCAUGCUCACGCACCUCAACGAGGCCUCGGUGCUGUACAACCUGAAGCGCCGCUACGCCCACUGGAUGAUCUAUACCUAUUCAGGCCUGUUCUGCGUCACCAUAAACCCCUACAAGUGGCUGCCAGUCUACACCGCGCCCGUGGUGGCAGCCUACAAGGGCAAGCGGAGGUCGGAGUCCCCGCCCCACAUCUACUCCAUCGCGGACAACGCCUACAACGACAUGCUGCGCAGUAAGCCCCCCUCUUCUGUUACCCUAAGCGGAGAAUCUGGUGCUGGUAAGACUGUAAACACCAAGCGAGUCAUUCAGUACUUUGCCAUUGUAGCGGCCUUGGGCGACACGCCGGGCAAGAAAGGACAAGCUCCUGCCACUAAAACUGGGGGUACCCUCGAGGAUCAAAUCAUCGAGGCAAACCCGGCAAUGGAAGCCUUCGGCAACGCCAAAACCCUGCGCAACGACAACUCCUCGCGCUUUGGCAAGUUCAUCCGCAUCCACUUUGGCCCGUCCGGGAAACUGGCCUCAGCCGACAUCGAUAUCUACUUGCUGGAAAAGUCCAGAGUGAUCUUCCAGCAGCCCGGCGAGAGGAGCUACCACAUCUACUACCAGAUCCUGUCGGGGAAGAAACCCGAGCUCCAGGACAUGCUGCUGCUCUCGCUCAACCCCUACGACUACCACUUCUGCUCACAAGGCGUCACCACGGUGGACAACCUGGACGACGGCGAGGAGCUCAUGGCCACAGACCAUGCCAUGGACAUCCUGGGCUUCAGCAACGAGGAGAAGUACGGCUGCUAUAAGAUAGUGGGCGCCAUCAUGCACUUCGGGAACAUGAAGUUCAAGCAGAAGCAGCGGGAGGAGCAGGCGGAGGUUGCAGGUGCCGACAAGGCCGCCUACCUCAUGGGGAUCAGCUCAGCUGACCUCAUCAAGGGGCUGCUCCACCCCCGCGUGAAAGUCGGGAACGAGUACGUGACCAAAGGCCAGAACGUGGAGCAGGUGGUCUAUGCCGUCGGGGCCUUGGCCAAAGCCACCUACGACCGCAUGUUCAAGUGGCUGGUGCUUCGGAUCAACAAAACCCUGGACACCAAGCUGGCCAGGCAGUUCUUCAUCGGCGUGCUGGACAUCGCAGGCUUCGAGAUCUUCGAGUUUAACAGCUUCGAGCAGCUCUGCAUCAACUUCACCAACGAGAAGCUGCAGCAGUUCUUCAACCACCACAUGUUCGUGCUGGAGCAGGAGGAGUACAAGAAGGAGGGGAUCGAGUGGACCUUCAUCGACUUCGGCCUAGACCUGCAGGCCUGCAUCGACCUCAUCGAGAAGCCGCUGGGGAUCCUCUCCAUCCUGGAGGAGGAGUGCAUGUUCCCGAAGGCCUCCGACAUGUCCUUCAAGGCCAAGCUGUACGACAACCACAUCGGCAAGUCGCCCAACUUCCAGAAGCCGCGGCCGGACAAGAAGCGCAAAUACGAGACGCACUUCGAGCUGGUGCACUACGCCGGCGUGGUGCCCUACAACAUCGUGGGCUGGCUGGAUAAGAACAAAGACCCCCUGAACGAGACCGUGGUGGGCGUCUUCCAGAAGUCGCAGAACAAGCUCCUGGGCAGCCUGUACGAGAACUACGUGAGCUCCUCCUCUGACGAGCCGCCGAAGGCCGGGGUCAAGGAGAAGCGCAAGAAGGCAGCUUCCUUCCAGACUGUGUCCCAGCUCCACAAGGUAAGAAAUGGCCACACCAAGGUCUUCUUCAAAGCUGGCCUGCUGGGCCUCCUGGAGGAGAUGCGGGACGAGCGCCUGGCCAAGAUCCUGACCAUGCUGCAGGCCAGAAUCCGGGGGCGGCUGAUGCGCAUUGAGUAUCAGAAGAUCAUCAGCCGGAGAGAAGCAAAUUACCAUGAUCCAGGAGAAGAACGACCUGUCGCCGCCGUCAAGAACUGGUCCUGGAUGAAGCUUUUCUUCAAGAUCAAGCCGCUGCUCCGGUCGGCUCAGACGGAGAAGGAGAUGGCCACCUUGAAGGAGGAGUUCCUGAAGCUGAAGGAAGCUCUGGAGAAGUCCGAGGCGAAGAGGAAGGAGCUUGAAGAGAAGCAAAUUACCAUGAUCCAGGAGAAGAACGACCUGUCGCUCCAGCUCCAAGCGGAACAGGACAACCUGGCCGAUGCCGAAGAGCGCUGCGACCUGCUGAUCAAAGCCAAGAUCCAGCUGGAGGCCAAGGUGAAGGAGCUGACGGAGCGCCUGGACGACGAGGAGGAGAUGAACGCGGACCUGACCUCCAAGAAGCGCAAGCUGGAGGACGAGUGUGCCGAGCUGAAGAAGGACAUUGACGACCUAGAGAUCACGCUGGCCAAGGUGGAGAAGGAGAAGCACGCCACAGAGAACAAGGUGAAAAACCUGAUUGAAGAGAUGGCGGCGCUGGACGAGAUCAUCGCCAAGCUGACGAAGGAGAAGAAGGCCCUGCAGGAGGCGCAUCAGCAGGCCCUGGACGACCUGCAGGCUGAGGAGGACAAAGUCAACACACUGACCAAGGCCAAAGUCAAACUGGAGCAGCAAGUGGAUGAUCUGGAAAGCUCCCUGGAGCAGGAGAAGAAGAUCCGCAUGGACCUGGAGCGGGCAAAGCGCAAGCUGGAAGGAGAUCUGAAGCUGACGCAGGAGUCUGUCAUGGAUCUGGAGAACGACAAGCAGCAACUGGAGGAGAAACUCAAAAAGAAGGAGUUUGAGACGAGCCAGCUGAAUUCCAGGAUUGAAGAUGAGCAAGUUCUUGGGGCCCAGCUGCAGAAGAAGAUCAAGGAGCUGCAGGCCCGCAUUGAGGAGCUGGAGGAGGAGCUGGAGGCAGAGCGGGCGGCCAGGGCCAAGGUGGAGAAGCAGCGCGCGGAGGUGGCGCGGGAGCUGGGGGCCGCGGCCCUGCGCAAGAAGCACGCCGACUCGGUGGCCGAGCUGGGCGAGCAGAUCGACAACCUGCAGCGGGUCAAGCAGAAGCUGGAGAAGGAGAAGAGCGAGAUGAAGAUGGAGGUGGACGACCUGUCCUCCAACGUCGAGUAUCUCACCAAGAACAAGGUGAGGGGCCUGCGGGGGGCUCGGGUGCCCCAGAGCAGCAGGGAGCUGAGCCGACUGCUGGAGGAGAAGGAGUCCUUCAUAAACCAGCUGAGCCGCGGCAAGACCUCCUUCACCCAGACCAUCGAGGAGCUCAAGAGGCAGCUGGAAGAAGAGACCAAGGUCAGCUGGGGAGGGCCUAGCGCUCCUGGGGCGGGAGCCUCACAGGCCAGCCCUGAAGGGAGCCGCGGAGCCCGGCAGGGCCCUAGAGAGGGCUGGAAAAGGCCGCUCCACCCCACGGCGGCCAUGAUGGCGGAGGAGCUGAAGAAGGAGCAGGACACCAGCGCGCACCUGGAGCGCAUGAAGAAGAACAUGGAGCAGACCAUCAAGGACCUGCAGAUGCGCCUGGACGAGGCCGAGCAGAUCGCACUCAAGGGGGGCAAGAAGCAGAUCCAGAAGCUGGAGGCCAGGGUGCGCGAGCUGGAGGGGGAGCUGGACGUGGAGCAGAAGAAGAUGGCUGAGCUCCAGAAAGGCAUCCGCAAGUACGAGAGGAGGGUCAAGGAGCUGACCUACCAGGUACAGCAGUGCCAGGGCCCCAGCCUGACCCCCGCCGGCCAUGGGGAGCCCCCCAAGCACAGUGCACAUUUUCUGUGGGAAAGCCCCCGGCCUCGCCCCACUCAGCCCAGCGCCACACAGGGCCCCCGGCCUCUCGACUCGCUGCUGGGGGGCCCAGGCCUGGAUUUGCAAGGGCCCGCCUAG